AUGCUGCUGUCGACACCUCAGUUUACUAUUAGCUCGCAGCUUCCUCGCUCUGGGUUUCAGGAAAGCAGUUCACAGCUCGUCCCGCCGCCGCCCCGCCCUGCCUCUGCCUCUUCUUCCGCCUCCUCCUCCUCCUCCUUCUCCGCCCUCCACAGAUUUUUCCUGAGGAAAUCUCGAGCUGUGAAAGAUGCACUUCCGUUGCGGCGAAUGCUUCCCUUCGCCCUCCUAGUCCUUCUCGCGGUGCUGCUUGUGACCUUUUUACUCAGAGUGGGAACAGUUACUUCCUCUUCUUCGUUUGUGAACAUGUAUGGAGGCUCUGCUGUUUGGGAAACCGACCGCUCGCUGGUGAUACAUCUCAAAUCCGAGCUGAAGUUGCCGAAACAGAGCAUCCUGUCCAUGUCCUUGGAUCAGAGGAACAAAUUGCCCCCCAGGAACAUGGAUCGUUUUCCAAACCUGGCCAAGGAUCACACAAAGAUCGUCCUUUACGUGCACAACCGCCCCCAGUACCUCCGGUUGGUAGUAAGCAGCCUCGCGGCUGUGGAGGGGAUCAGCGAGACAAUGCUGAUCGUCAGCCACGAUGGCUACUUCGCCGAGAUGGACAGGAUCGUUCAGGACAUCCGGUUCUGCCAGGCCAAGCAGAUCUUUGCGCCCUACUCUCCGCACUUAUUCCCCGAUGGCUUUCCGGGCGUCUCGCCUGGUGAUUGCCACGAUAAGGAUGACCCCAUCGUGACCAAGUGUAAUGGGACAGCUGACCAAUAUGGUAACCACAGGUCACCAAGGACCGUCUCAUUGAAGCAUCACUGGUGGUGGAUGAUGAAUACUGUGUGGGAUGGUAUGGAGGAAACCAAGGGAUUCUCUGGUCACAUUCUUUUCAUUGAAGAGGACCAUUAUAUCUAUCCGAAUGCUUACCGGAACCUUCAGUUGCUUAUAGGAUUGAAGCCCAUGAAAUGCCCUGAGUGUUAUGCUGCCAACUUGUCACCCAUGGAUGUGAACUCCAUCGGAGAAGGCUGGGAUAUGCUGGUUGCUGAGAAAAUGGGCAAUGUGGGUUAUUCCUUUAAUCGGACUGUUUGGAGGAAGAUCCAUACAAAAGCAAAGGAGUUUUGCUCAUUUGAUGAGUAUAACUGGGACAUAACUAUGUGGGCUACUGUCUAUCCAUCAUUUGGGACCCCGGUUUACACUCUGAGAGGUCCUAGGAGAAGUGCUGCCCAUUUUGGUAAAUGUGGGCUGCAUCAGGGACGAGGGAAGAGUAGUUCAUGCAUCGAUAAUGGGGAAGCAAGAUUUCAACUAGAUGAAAUUGACAAGAUUCUUAACAUCAAACCUGAUUGGAAGGUGCAUGUUGUCAAGAAGCAAAGUGGUUACCAAGCAGGUUUUAAAGGUUGGGGAGGCUGGGGCGAUGAGAGAGACCGAGAGCUUUGUUUGAGUUUUGCAUACAUGUAUCAUGAUGUGCAAAUAUCAUCAGGUUGAGGAAAGGUUGUAUGGCACCAUGCUAUUUUUCAAGCUCUUGAGAGCAUCAUGCUAUCACCAUACUGUACCUGAUCUAUACACUGCCAUUGAGGGUUGCUUCUUGGAUCGUGCGAUUGAGGUACAGUCAUUUCUGCCGGUCAAUUAGCUUCUUGGAUUCUUUUUUAUUUUACCUAAUUGUGCCAAGGCUUGAAAUUUGAUGCAACCUUUUGGUGGUGGAAACUUUUUUUCGCUUGUACUGUGCGUUCGAUGACAUCAAGCUGUAUGCUCAGCAAUGAAAGAUGGUCAACCUUCACAAAGUGGAUGUGGACUAUGAUCUCAAGGCUUCUUUCCAGGAGAGAAUUGAUGCAAAUUGAUAUUACCUGAUUGUUGGAUUGCUUUUACAAUCUGAGAUCAGUUAGAGUUUUGAGGGGAUUUUUGUUGUAUGCGGAUGCAUCUGGCAACGCCACAAAGGUGUAGGAAAGGAAUGAUGAGAGAGCAUACAGUCGUGGGAGAUGAAGGCGGCAUCACAUAUGGAAUGGCUUUGGGAUUCAGUAUGGUAACAUCGACACUAUAUAUAUAUAUAUAUAUAUAUAUAUUAUAUUUCUAAUAAGUUAAUAGUUCACUCUUUUUUUUUUGGUCUGUUUACACAUUUAAUUUUUGUUGGUGAAAGUAAUAAAGGGCAUUUCGAAAUAUUUUAAUUUUAUUAUUCUUAAUAAUAAUAAUAAUAAUAAACCUCACUAGCAGCCAUGUCUGAGUUUAUUUAACAUAUUUUUAAUAAUAUAAAUGAGGAUUUUUUCACAAUUGAAGGGAUAUAUCAUGUAAGUGUAGGGUAUAUAUAGGCAACCCUAUUCACAUGUAAAUGGGAGAGAACUGAAAAGCUGGGGGAGAAAUCAAAGGUUUCGGUGGGAUCAUUUGGCUCCCCAAUGUCUUCCAAUUCUUAUCCUACUCUUAAUUGUCAACUUUUCCCUUGUGCGAACGAUCUUCGCUACAAAAGAUUUUGUGGAUAUGGUAAAGGAGAGGAUUUUUAUCGAGGUGCGUAUAUAAAGCUUCGCUGGAUCCAAUCAAUUCUUUCCUUCUAUGUGUCAGUGCAGUUUAUUGGACUUUCAACAUCUUCUCGCGCUUCCUUUCUGAGUUCUGCUGUUCCUGUUUGGGUUGUUUGGGUUUAGAGAGAAUUGUAAGAUUUGAGAAGGAAGAGAGAGAGUGAGAGAGAGAGAGAGAGAAAUGCUUCCAUCGGAAUCUGGAGACGCUUGCCUUGUCUUCUUCUUUUGCUUUCUUUCUUUUUCUCUGUAUCCUGAUGAGAGAAUCCAUUUUGGGGCCUCUGUUUGAGCAUUUUCUGCUUCCAUUCCGAUCUUUGGCGAUCGUUUCUAAAGCCCAGCGCUCGAAUUCAUCGGUUUUAUUGAGUACUUCGGUUCAAGAUUAGUCCUUUUGGUUCAGUUUGGUUCUGCAGAUUAAAGAGGUCGUGAUGUCCUGCUACUACUUGAUGAAUUGACUAAGAGGAUUCUUCGCCAGUGUUUGACCUGCAUUGUAGUGCAAGUGGAAUUGGAUAGGAGUGAGGGAGUGGUAGAUGUCAUCUAAGUCCAACAGAGCGAGCUGCUCCAGAAGCAGCUUGGUGCGCGCUCCAAGAACAGCGCUCGUGUGGUCGCCCAGACCAGCUUGGAUGCCAAGCUCCAUGCCGACUUCGAGGACUCUGAUCGGCCGUUCGAUUAUGCUGCCUCCAUCGGCACCGCCAACCGGUUGAGCGGCACCGACAGCAGUGGCAUGUCUUCCUCUGCGGUCUCCACCAACCUCCAGACAAUGCAGCGCGGGAAGUUCAUUCAGCCUUUUGGGUGCCUUCUGGCCAUCGAAGACCAGAUGUUUGCCAUAAUUAAAUUGCCUACAGCGAGAAUGCGCCUGAGAUGCUGGACUUGGCACCACAUGCCAUCCCCAGCAUGGAGCAGCGGGAAGCCUUGACAAUCGGGAUGGAUGUCCGAAGUCUAUUCCGAUCUCCGAGCUCGGUGGCACUGUAAAAG